AGUGUGACCCUCCCCCUCCAGGAAGAGGUGGGUGCCAGGGGCUUCUGCGCAAGGAGGUAGCAAGGGGUCGUGGUCAGUGGCUGCCCCGAGCCUGCCUGCUCAGGUCACUGUCAGCCAGGGGGCCUUAGUGGUGGCAUCAGAAUAAGAGUCCAAGGCAAGCAAACCCGUGGGGCCCGGGAGAUGGAAGGCAUCCCCAGGGACCUGAGCUGGCAGGUGAGGACCGGCCAGGGUUUUGCUAAACAAAUCCUCUGCCCCCGCCUGCCCACCCCAACUCCCCAUAUCUGGGCCCCCAGUUUGCUCACUGCCAUCCCUGCUGGAAGCUGCCACCUGCCAUGCCAGGCCUGACUCUCCUGGGCCUCACAGCUCUCCUGGGCCUCGGGGCGGGGGCCCCGCUGUGCCUGUCCCGGCAGCUCAGCAUGCAAGGGCACUACGUGCUGGGGGGGCUCUUCCCCCUGGGCUCCACCGAGGAUGCUGGGCUGGGCGACAGGACAGAGCCCAACGCCACCGUGUGUACCAGGUUCUCGUCCCUCGGCCUGCUCUGGGCACUGGCCAUGAUGAUGGCUGUGGAGGAAAUCAACAACGGAUCGGCCCUGCUCCCCGGGCUGCGCCUGGGCUACGACCUCUUCGACACCUGCUCAGAGCCCAUGGUCGCCAUGAAGCCCAGCCUAGUGUUCAUGGCCAAGGCUGGCAGCCGCAGCAUUGCCACCUACUGCGACUACACGCAGUACCAGCCCCGCGUGCUGGCCGUCAUCGGGCCCCACAUGUCUGAGGUCGCCCUGGUCACCGGCAAGUUCUUCGGCUUCUUCCUCAUGCCGCAGGUCAGCUACAGCGCCAGCACGGACCGGCUGAGCAACCGCGAGACGUUCCCCUCCUUCUUCCGCACGGUGCCCAGCGACCGCGUGCAGGCAGUGGCCAUGGUGGAGCUGCUGCAGGAGCUGCGUUGGAACUGGGUGGCCGCCGUGGGCAGCGACGACGAGUACGGCCGGCAGGGCCUGAGCCUCUUCUCCAACCUGGCCAACGCCAAGGGCAUCUGCAUCGCGCACGAGGGCCUGGUGCCGCUGCCCCACGCCCGUAGCCCAAGGCUGGACUGCACGCAGGGCCUGCUGCCCCAAGUGAACCAGAGCAGCGUGCAGGUAGUGGUGCUGUUCUCCUCCGCCCGCGCCGCCCGCAGCCUCUUCAGCCACAGCCUCCACUGCAGGCUCUCGCCCAAGGUGUGGGUGGCCAGCGAGGCCUGGCUGACCUCGGACCUGGUCAUGACACUGCCGGGCAUGGACCAGGUGGGCACCGUGCUCGGCUUCCUGCACCAGGGUGCCCUGAUGCCCGAGUUCUCGGCCUACGUGCAGACCCGCCUGGCCCUGGCCGCCGACCCCGCCUACUGCGCCUCGCUGGCUGCCGAGCGGCAGGGGCUGGAGGAGCACGUGGUGGGGCCUCGCUGCCCCCAGUGUGACUACGUCACAUUGGAGAGCCUGUCCGAGGGGCUGCUGCACCACCGGAGCUUCCCCGCCUACGCGGCUGUGUACAGCGUGGCCCAGGCGCUCCACAACACGCUGCUCUGCAACGCCUCGGGCUGCCCCACGCGGGAGCCGGUGCAGCCCUGGCAGCUCCUGGAGAACAUGUACAACCUGAGCUUCCGUGCGCGCGGCCUGACACUGCGGUUCGACACCAGCGGGAACGUGGAUAUGGAUUACGACCUGAAGCUGUGGGUGUGGCAGGACCUGAUGCCCACACUGCGCACCGUGGGCACUUUCGACGGCCGCCUGACGCUCCAGCGUCCCCGGAUGCGCUGGCACACAACGGGGAACAAGGAGCCCGUGUCCCAGUGCUCUCGACAGUGCGAGGAGGGCCAGGUGCGCCGGGUGAAGGGCUUCCACUCCUGCUGCUAUGACUGUGUGGACUGCAAGGCGGGCAGCUACCAGCGCAACCCAGAUGACACCCUCUGUGUCCAGUGUGACCAGGACCAGUGGUCCCCGGACCGGAGCACCCGGUGUUUCCCCCGCAGGCCCAGGUUCCUGGCUUGGGGGGAGCCAGCCGUGCUGGUGCUGCUCGUGCUGCUGGGCCUGGCUCUGGGCCUGGUGCUGGCAGCCCUGGGGCUCUUCAUCUGGCACCGAGACAGCCCACUGGUUCAGGCCUCCGGUGGGCCACGGGCCUGCUUCGGCUUGGCCUGCCUGGGCCUCGUCUGCCUGAGCGUCCUCCUGUUCCCGGGCCGGCCCGGCCCUGCCAGCUGCCUGGCCCAACAGCCGCUGCUCCACCUCCCUCUCACUGGCUGCCUGAGCACCCUCUUCCUGCAGGCGGCUGAGAUCUUUGCGAGGUCAGAGCUGCCGCCAAGCUGGGCCGACUGGCUCUGCAGCCACCUGUGGGGGCCCUGGGCCUGGCUGGCGGUGCUGCUCGCCAUGCUGGCACAAGCAGCGCUCUGCACCUGGUACCUGGUGGCCUUCCCACCGGAGGUGGUGACAGACUGGCGUGCGCUGCCCACAGAGGCACUGGUGCACUGCCGCGUGCACUCCUGGAUCAGCUUCAGCCUGGUACAUGCUGCCAAUGCCACGCUGGCUUUCCUCUGCUUCCUGGGCACCUUCCUGGUGCAGAGCCAGCCUGGCUACCACAACAGCGCCCGCAGCCUGACCUUCGCCAUGCUGGCCUACUUCAUCACCUGGGUUUCCUUUGUGCCCCUCCUAGCCAACGUGCCUGUGGCCUCCCAGCCUGCCGUGCACAUGGGUGCCGCCCUCCUCUGUGUGCUGGGCAUCCUGGCCACUUUCCACCUGCCCAAGUGCUACCUGCUGCUGAGGUGGCCAGAGCUCAACACCCCCACGUUCUUCCUGGGGGGAUGCCAGAGGGCAGGGGGGCGGGGAGGAGACUCUGGGAAAAAACAAAUGACCCCUGACCCAGUGACCUCCCCCCAGUGACCUCAGACGUAGUCAAGGUGCCCCCAGACCAAGUUCCUGUGCGGCAACCAGCAGGCUGUGCCCUGACUCUCAGAUUCUACCACCCUUGACCCCACAGUGACCUCCAGGCCUGCAUAAGGGGCCUCAGUCCCACGGAACCUCAUUAUCUAGGGCCCCAGAGACAGGCUAUCCCUGUCCCAGCUGAGCCCUGGACUGCACAGGUGACCAAGGCCCACUGUCCCUGAGAGACGCCCACGGACAGUAGCCUAGAGCCCGUGGGGCUGCAGCCGAGCUCUCAGGAAAACCCCUGACAGACCAGGUGAAGGCCAGACAGGCAUCACUUGCCUGGCUGGGCCCAGCCUGGGCCCCCACUAGCAGGCCCUCAGGGGCGGGACAUUGGUGGAUGGGCUGGGGCUCUCUUGACCCCCUGCAGGGGUGGGUGCCUGACAGUGGGCCCCAGCGUAGGGUAGAGGCCCACUCAGGAGGGAGGGGGCACCCAGCUUCCUUCUGCCUCCCUGGCUGGCCUGAGCCAAUAAAUGGGGGUCAGCCACCUCCAGCACCGUGGACAGAGCCCAGGCAGGGUGGGGGUCAGCACCAAGGCCAGCGCCAGCCACAAGGACCCCACCCCCCAAACCAGAGGCCAGCACCACGGACAGAGGACCGCCGCCCAGGGCUACUGCGCCAGGGCUUCCUGGCUGAGCUGGCACCGCGUGGACAGUACCAAGCCAGUCAUGGGUCAGCUCCUGGCUGCCCCCAGGAGGCUGCCCCCAGCCCCUGCACCCCAACCUCUGAAAGUAGGAAAGAAGAGAUACAGGUCACGCAUGCCGGUCCCAUAAAAUUAAAUGCUUUUUAGUGUUUAAAAUAGCAUUUACA